ACCAGCAGCAAUAGAAUAAUAUUAUUCAUCAAGUUUAAAUCAUGGUGGGCCCAUUUAUGCAGGGCAUAUUACUUAUAGGCAUCAUCUAUUGGUAUUCCAAGAGCAUGAUGUCUAUGAUCAAUGAUUAUUAUCGCAGCGAGUUUCAACGCAAAAUCAAAACUGCAAGCGACUCGAAGCCAACGGAAGAGACUCCUCUUAAUGUGGAUAAUUUUAUGGAAUAUGUGCGUGACUUGGAUUCAGAGCAUCAGGCGGAGAAGCAGUCAGUCGACAAUGGAUUGAAUGACAUUUUAGAGCCGCAACUAGGCAUUUCCCACAUCAUGCUGAGAUUCAUGCAAAUCACAGGCGCAUACCCUACACUUGAUAUUUGUGGAGCUCAGCGAACCUCUGCAGACAGUUCUAUAAGCUAGAUCACAACAAUAUUUAAUUAUUAUACCUAAUAUAACUAUUAUUAGUUUAUAUAAGUUUCAUAAAAUACAUUCAUAAUAUGUGCUCCAAA